AUGCCACCUCUUCAACUACCGCCGAACCUCAAGUUCGGCUCAUUUUCUGUCACCUCUCAAGUCUUCCACAUAUCAAAGUCACGACUAUCCUAUGGCUUAGUCAACCUCAAACCACUUCUACCGGGCCAUAUCCUCAUUUGUCCGGUACGAUGCGUACCGAGGCUGUCACAACUCAGUGUCGCCGAGACAGCAGACUUGUUCAAUACCGUCCGAGUCGUAUCCAACACUUUGGAGCGGGUGUACUCUGCCAGCGCAUUGAAUGUGGCUGUCCAAGACGGUGUUGACGCCGGGCAAUCAGUGCCGCAUGUCCAUGUGCACGUAAUCCCGAGGCAGAAGGGGGAUUAUGACCACCAAGGUGGCGGCGACCGGAUCUAUGAUGCUAUGGAUGGAGAAGAGGGCGAUGUUGGCAGAGCGUUUCUUGAGAUGCAGCAACAACGGAGGGAAAGAGUGGAUCACCGAAAAGAGUUCUCUGCAGGUCCGGAUAGCGAUAGAAAGCCCAGGAGUGAGGAGGAGAUGCAGAAGGAGGCGUUGUGGCUGAGGUCGGAGAUUGAGAAGGAUCAUGUUGAAGAGGAAAGCGAGAGCUAG